CGGGUUUCAUAAGCCAGGUGCACAGAAUGGAACAGCAAAACAGGUACCUGCACAGAGGUUUUAAUGUUUAUUGCACCUCAACAGACCACAAUACAACUGUAAUUAAAGUAUUUUCUGCAAGCAUUUUUCUUCAAGUAUUAUCAGAAAAGUUAGCACUUUAAAUGUGAAGUUCUUUUAACUUGCUGUGGUGUAAAUUAAAUAAAUCAAACUUCCACAACUGAAAAAAAAUGAAAUUGACUCAGAUAGCAAAAUAUCAAGGUGAAAACAAAAGCCAUGAAUGGAAAUUGAGUUCUGAUCCGAAGGUUUGAAAUCCUAAAAGAAAAAGAGGUCCGUGGAGUUUCUCUUGUGCUUUUUUGAACAAAGUGCUUUAAACUCUCUAGUGUAAAUGAAAUAAAUAAACCUGAAAUAACUUAAAACAACUGUUGGGCACACAAAGCUCCAAGUAUUUUCUUCAAAAGAAAAGUAAACAGUUUAGCAAAAGUGCUUUUAAAAUAGUACAGAAAUGUGUAUGAAUUUCUUGAACAAGUCCAACCUUACUUCCUAAACAUUCAUUCCUUCAUUUAUCUAUCCAUCCAUACACUCCAUCCUAACACUCAUCUGUCCUUGCAUGCAUUCAUUCAUCCCCCCAGCCAUUAGCCAUUAAACCAGUGAUUGUAUCUUAAAAGUAGAAGCUUUUCAAACUUUAGGUCAGAGAGCCUCUUUGGAGUGAAGAUGAGUUUGCCUAGGCUAAACAGUCUCUCUACGGGAGCACUGGAUGGAGGGGCUGCAUUGUAUUUUAGUGAUAUUUUCUUUAUGAGUGGAAAUGCAUGAAGAGUCCAUCCCUUGUGCUCCUGAUUUGAAGUAAUCCGCGAUUUGACUUUCUGCAGUAGCAGAAGCGUCGUCCUCAUCAUCAAAGGCAAAGAACUCAUCCUCUGCUGUUGAGUCGGUACGUGUUGGUGUGCUGGUGGUACCUGUUUGCUGGUCUUCGCCUCCAGCAAUUUUACGGCAUUCUACCAGCAGGUUUGCCUUGGCCUUGUCCUUCCUGUUCUGUGCCCGCAGCCAACGGAGUUUGAACCUGGGUAGAGUCACAGCAGCCAACACAGCGCUCUCGCUUUCCAGCACCUCUGCAAAUCUUGUUUUUAUCGCCUGAAAUGACAUGUUAUGCAAAGAACAUAUUAUACUGACUAUCUACAAACACAUACAUGCACAGAGCAUUACGCAUUAUGGGCUUUAUGAAAAAAUAAUUUUACAUUACAUUUUUUCCAUAUUGUAUGGAUGUAUUUAUUGUAUUUAAAUAAUAAAUACUAGUUCUUACCGUAACAAUUUCCUCUGGAAGGUCAAUGAGGAUUUGCAGGCCACUCUUCAGCUCCAGGGUCUUGAACAUCAGUGUCUCCAGUGUGGGUAAGAGAGUGCCGUAGAAACAGUUGUCCUCUCCCUGGAGAAUAUCUAGGGCUACUGUUAGUGGCUUCAUUGCUAGACAGUACUCCCUGAGGAACUGAUACUCUCUUUCUGUGAUGGCUUUCAAGCCGAACUUGGAGGAUAUGGUGUUCAGUACUAUAGGGACCUCACAGAUUCGAGCAAGGGCAUCGUAAAAAGAGUUCCAUCUUGUAGUACAAGGGACUAGCAACUUCCUUUCAAUGACAUCAUCCACAGUCUCUGCAGCGACUGUUGAACGGCUAGCCUUGCUCCAUAAGGCUGUCCAUUUUGUCGUAGCACUUCUGUAUACUGCUUUUUGUUUCUGGUCUUGACAGAAUCCAUUUCUCAACAUCAGUACAUGAAACAAGGUUUAAUGUAUGAGAUGCACAUCUCUGAUGUGGUGGCAAAGCAAUCACAACAUCAUCAUCAUCGUUGGCAUCACCAACAGUGUUUUCCAAGACCAAGACAUUAUAAAUGUUCAUAAAAGUCACCUCAUCCUCCUCAUCCUCAGAGUCAUCCUCCUCGACUGGCUGAUGCUUUCUGAAGGCCUUGACGAAAUUAGAGCCAUUAUCCGUGACAGUUAUGUUAUUUUGAGAGAAAUGCCAUAGGAUGAGUGACUAUUAACAAGCUCAGUGGCAAUACUGUCAUGGGUGUGACGGCCCUUGAAUCGUCUGCAUGCCAGGGCAGCCUUCCUCCUUUCCAUGCUGUCUGGAUGUAUCCAAUGUGCAGUAACGCCCAGAUAGCUUUUAUUAUGCGCAGUCCAGAUGUCUGCAGUAGUAGAGACAUAUUCCAACUGUUCAAAUCCUUUUUUGAGCUCGAUGUUCAUUUUAACAUGCUCUUCAUCAAUGUAUUUAGAAAAUGUCUUUCUGCAUGGCGGAUCUGCCCCUCCUCUCCUUGGUAUUUUUCGUAUGAGGGCUCUGAAGGAGUCUGAAUCAGCUGUUGACAUCGGCAGCAUGUUUUCAACAACAUAACGGCCUAUCAGUUUGUUAAGUUCCGUCUGUGUCACAAGUUUCUGUGGAGCUGGGGCAGAAAAUCCAGCUUUGGCUGCUUGGACGGCUCCGUGUCCUUCGUUGGCUGAGCUCACAUUAACAGAACCUGGCCUGCCAUCAUUAGCGGGUCAACGGUGUUUUUAGCCACUAGCGUAGGAGAAGCGUCUGCAGUCGAAAGGUGCUUCAUUAAAUUUGAGUUGCUCGUAUUGGACGUUGACAAACUCUUUACUCUGGGACGACAUAAUGUACACUCAACAUGUACAUUUUCGCCUUUUACCUCGAUGAGGUUGAAGUAGUGUCUGUAUUUCCAUCUUGAAAACGUCGUCUUUCCUCUCAACUCCGGACUGGCCAUCUCAUCAUAGUUUGUGUGUGUGUGUGUGCUGCUAUGUGCUGCUGGGUUUGUGUGUAAAGCAGCACCUGCCCACCUGAUGUCUCUGGUUGGCUGAACAUGAAAUCUUACUCUAUCUUAGCCAAUCAUCAUUACGAAGGCAGUUAUCGCUCCCCUCCCUUCCCACCAUCACCAAAGGAGGAAAAAAAAGAUAAGUCGGAUGACAGCUUCAGUAAAGUACCGCAUAAACGGCGUGUUGGUAACAGUAACGGUAGAGAAAGUAAUCAGUUAGAUUACCCGUUUCUGAAAAAAGUAACGCCGUUAUUCCCAUCACUCCUUAUCACCAUCAUGUAACAUGAUGAAGUCAGAUGGAGGCUGUUUUCCACCUGAACAACCUGACCUUAGACUCAGUAUGGCUGCAUUAACCAACAUGAAGCCUCACAGUCUGAACAGUGGAUUUACAACCAUUGUGGUUCAAAUGUGUAAACUGUGUAGACUCACACAUGGAACCAGAAUAAUUCUACAUGUAGAGGAAUGUCUGAAUGGAGCCUCAUCCUCCACCAGAAUCUGAUCAAGGUCAUAAAAGGUCAACUGUGAGGAAAACCUCACCUCUGGAGAAGAGGAUUUGGAUUCUUCACGAUGACCUUCUGAUGUCCCUACCGUCUACAUGGGGAGUAAUAACUAGUGGAAUAAAAAUGAUAAAGUUAAAAAAAACUCUUCCUUAUUAUUCUGUGGAAGAAAAUGUCAACAUUUAUGACAAAUCUGAAACAGUUCAUGAGUUUGAUAUUUAGUAGAUACAGACCCUAGACCUGCAGCAAAUACGACAUAAAACAAUAAAAGACGAUGAAAACUUCAUCAUGAAUAAUGUGAACAGGAUUUUCCUUGGUAAGGUAGAGAAAGAAGAAAUACUGAACAUUGUUAAAGGAUCCACUGACUGCAUGGACAUGAUGUUAGUAAAAAAAUAUAUUGAAUUAAUGAGUGAACCAUUUCCAACUCCACCAUCGUGUUUGUGGAUGGCAGUGCAGUCGCUGGUGAAUGGUGUGAAGAGGGCUGGGCUGAAUGCAGCCCUGUGGUGUUCCUGUGCUCAGGACCAGUGUGGAGGAUGUCCUGUCUACCAUUGUCACCCUCUGAGGCCUGUUGGUGAGGAAGUCCCUGAUCCAGUGACACAGCGAUGUGGACAGUCCCAGGUUAUGGAGCUUCAGCGUCAGUUUGUCCGGGCACACCGUAUUAAAAGCUGAACUGAAGUCCACAAACAGCAUCCUCACAUCGGUGAUAGGAAGCUGCAGGUGGGUCAGGGCCGUGUGAAGAGUCAUGGAGACCUCAUCCUCUGUUGAUCCGUUCUGCUUGUAGGUGAACUGAUAUUUAUCCAGACCAGCAGGAUGACGUCCUUGAUGUGCUUUAGGACGAUCCUCUCAAAGCACUUCAUAAUCAGCAGAGUCAGAGCAACAAGGCGGUAAUCAUUCAGGCAGAUGACAGCUGAUUUUUUAGGCACAGGCUCAAUGAUGGAGGUUUUGAGGCUAACAGGUGUUGUGAUAUGCAUGUUGUUGUGUCGUGCUUCCACCAGAGGGCACUAGGUGCUAACUGAGGAAUGUUAUGAGGCAGGAAACGCGAAGAAGACGCUUCCUGUAACAUGGCGAGAUGAAUGUAAAGCAACAAUGCUAGACUGUUUUAUUAAAGUUUGAGCACAAGCUCAUUUGUUCAUAAAAGUGAUAUCUCAUCAUUUUUAACAAGAACAACACAACAGGGACUGUGGCAAGCUGCAAGGACAGGUUGAAAAUGUCCAGAAAAACUCCUGCCAGUUGGUCGACACUGCUGAGGACGCCUCAUCAGUCCAUACCUGUACGGUUCUGGUGGUCGGUCUCGCCCUGCAGAUCAGAGGUUUAUCGGCUGGGAUCAGGUUCACAGAGAUGUGAUCCGACAUGCCCAGGUGUGGUGCAUCAAAGCAAUAAAUAAAAUAAAACAGUUACAGGUCAACAAAAGGCCUGUUGAAACGUUUUCAGCUGCCCCAUUGAAGCUCCACAGGAGUCCAACGAUCUCAGCUGCAGAGGAAGAACAUUCCACAGUUUCGGUGUGAGAGAUUGGAAAGCACAAUCAUCGCGCCUUUUACACCUGGAACAAGGGACAGGAAGUAAUUUUUGUUGGCCUGACCUGAGAGCUCUGUUUGGGGCGUACGGCUGAAGGAGGUCGGACAGAUAGCAUGAUGAUUGGCCACAUAAAGCCUUAAAAGUAAUCACCAGUAUUUUAAAAUAAACAUGAAAAUUGAUCAGGAGCCAGUGAGGAGAGGACAGGACCAGCGUGAUGUGGGAUCGUCGUACUAUCCUAUCUCCACUCUGGUUUCUGUCAUUGUGAUUUUCACACGUUUAACUGGUUUUAGAAUAAGACAAUCUAUAGAUUCUGCUUUCACCUGCAGCAGAUUGCUGAAGGUGGACUUUUGUUCUUAUCAACUGCUCUUGGCAACAAUUCAGUGAAACUAGUGAUGGUAAAUUCUGUAGAAAUGGGAAACAAAGCAGAAGGGUGGAUCAGUUGAAUUAGUGAUAAGGAUAACUUUUCACAAACAUUUCUGCAGAAAACUGCGGUCACACCUGAUGAUUUCACAACACACAGCAGCAUGUGUGUCUCCUAUAUAAAGGCAGCAGACUGUGAGUUAGAACAGCAGCAUUCAUCCACCAGGUGACUUCAUCCAGCCAACCACUGUCUGCAGAUACGAAGACAACAUGUCCAAGUACAUCACCGACCUCCAAGUGUCUCUGAAUGAGAAUGAGGAGAGUCAGCUCCGUGCUCAAGGCUUCAAGAAAAUUGAUGUAAAUCUGAACAAAGGUGCUGGAGGGAAAAACAUCUACAUCUGGUACAAGAGAGGCGACUCUGGAGCCAUCACCAGGAUCCAGUUGUCCUUCAAUGAUGACAUGAGUAAGGGCCUGAACAAGGCAGGGUACCAGAAGAUCCCCAAAAACCUGAGCACCGGAGCAGGAGGUAAAGACCUCUAUCUGUGGUUCUUCAAGGGUUCCUCAGAGUACCAUGUUCCCAUCGUGGACCUGGACGUAUCCACAGUCCAGGAAGCCCAGAAGUUUAAAUCUGACCAUGAGAUACUGGCCUGUGAUCUGAACCAGGAUGCUGGAGGAUCUCAGAUCUUCCUGUCAGUGAAGAGAGAGAAGGCAACCUACAUCUCUGACAUCGCCGCCACCAUCAACUGGCAAGGAACAUUCUACUAUUUGUACAACGGUUACACCCUAGCAUGGCCAGACACCAAUUUAUUAGCAGGAGGGGACUACAUCGCCCUCUGGUACCGUCAGACCACGAAGCCUGAGGAGGCCAUCAAAGACCUGCAGGUCUCCAUCAAUGACGACGAGUAUUACGACUUUAUGUUCCAAGAUUACAAGCUGGUGAACAUCGAUCUGAACAAGGGGACCGGAGGAAACUCGGUGUUCCUGUGGUCCAAGAAAGACGACUGCACCUGCUACCCCAUCAAGGACGUCAGUGUCAUCCCCAUCGUUGAAGCUUGGGAGGGUUGGAAGGUCAUCCAAAAAAGUCUCAAUGAAGGAAACACUUCUCCAGUGAAGCUGUUCCUGUGUUUCCGUGACUGAAGUCACCAUGACGACAGAGCUGAGCAUGCUCACUGAGCACAAACCAGAGAAUCCAAAAUAUCUCUGUUGAAUCUCUAAGUUUUUCUCCUGUGAUGAAACCAUGAAAUGUGUUCAAUCACUGUGAUCUCACAAGUUUGAUCCCUCAAACAUGUAGAAUCAGUCAACCUGUGUGUUCUUCAUUGAUUCUGUUUCUCUUCAUUCUGACUUUCUCUGAUUCAAUAAAGUCUCAUCUGCAUCUCAAA